AUGACGUCAAUCGGCACGGGCUACGAUCUUUCCAACUCUGUCUUCUCCCCAGAUGGCCGAAAUUUCCAGGUUGAAUACGCUGUCAAGGCCGUGGAGAACGGCGGCACAGCUGUUGGCAUUCGAUGCAAGGACGGUGUGGUGUUGGCAGUUGAGAAAAUCAUCACCAGCAAGCUACUAAAGCCAGGUGCCAAUAAGCGGAUUGCGACUGUCGAUCGUCAUGUUGGCAUUGUUUCCGCUGGUCUCGUUCCUGACGGUCGUCACUUUGUUUCUAGAGCCCGAGACGAAGCAUCCUCGUGGAGAGGUACAUACAAAGGCCCAAUACCCACCUCCGCCCUUGCGAACCGUCUAGGCGGCUAUGUUCAAGCAUACACACUGUAUUCCAGUGUACGACCAUUCGGCGUGACCUCUAUCGUCGGUGGAUGGGAUAGUGAGGCAGAACUACCGGUCGAUGGCCAGGUGGGCAGCGGUCCCAAGUCGGGGUCUGGUGGAAAAGUUGAGGGCGCACCCGCUGGAGGCCCCGGCCUUUACAUGAUUGAACCCAGUGGGCUGUAUUGGGGUUAUUACGGCGCCGCUACCGGUAAAGGGCGACAGGCAGCAAAGGCAGAGCUGGAGAAACUAGAUUUGACUUCAGGUACUCUUUCUCUUGCCGACGGUGUGAAGGAAGCCGCACGUAUAAUUUACGUCGCCCACGAAGACAGCAAGGACAAAGAUUUCGAAUUGGAAAUGUCAUGGAUCAGCUCGCUUGAUGGCCCGACUAAGGGACGACACGAAGAAGUUCCAAAGGAACUUCGGGAAGAAGCAGAGAAGUUUGCACGACGGGCCCUAGAGGGAGAUGACGAAGAGGAAGAAGAUAAGGGCGAGAAGAUGGAAGAAUGA